AUGGCGCGGUAUUUCAAAGAGCAAGAUAUUGAUGAAUUCCGUGAAUGUUUUUACUUAUUUGCCCGAUCAGGGCAAAUUACAUCACUGGAUGAGUUGACAGUGGUCAUGCGCUCUCUUGGAAUGAGUCCGACUAUCCAAGAAUUAGCAGGUUACCUGAAAGGCAAAGGUGGCAAAAUGUCAUUCGCGGACUUUUUGGAGGUGAUGCACAUACACUCAAGAGCUGAGAACCUGCCUAAUGAGGUUGUAAAUGCAUUCAAAGCAGGAGAUGCUGAGAAGAGUGGUGUGAUACCAGCCCGACAGCUCAGGAAUCUGCUGCAGAACUGGGGUGAAGGAUUGUCAGCUAGAGAAGUGGACAACAUUUUCAGAGAGGCCAACGUUGGAAACAACUCCACAGUUCACUAUGAAGACUUUGUCAAGAUCGCUUGCGCUCCUGUUCCUGACUAUUAUUGA